AGAAAAAGAAGAGAGAAUGUGAAAAAACAACAGCACACAAAGAAGAAGAAAUAUUUAGCAAAAUUUAUAAAUAUAAAGUAAUUUUAACUAAAUAAGUUUACAAAGGGACAAUGAAGAUGCAGUUCCUUCUGUCUUUUCUGCUUGCAUGGCUAUGUGUUGGAAUAUCACCUGCAGAAGGUGAUUCAAGUACCGGAGACAUAACGAGUUAUAAAUACAAGGUGGAAAUCUCUGGACGUUCGGUGACGAUCACUUGCCCUCCAAUGAAGGAAAAUGAGGAGGAAAAGAAGAAGGAGGAAAGGAAGCUGACCAAAAAGGGAAAAGCUGCAAAACUUGAUGAUGAUGGAUCAUAUAAAAAAGAAAAUUUUUCAGCAGAUGAUAAUGGGGAUUAUGAGUGCGGCAGCGGCAGGCAUCUCUACUUAAAGGCAUAUGUAUGUGAUACCUGCAUAGAGGUCUCCGUUCUUGUGGUAGCUGGUAUCCUGAUAGCUGAUUGCCUGGUGACACUUGGUGUGUCUCUUUUGAUUUAUUUUGGACGCAAGAAAAAAUCUGCUAGAAGCAGCGAGAUGGCACCUGGAGGCCGAAACAGAGGGAAUAAAGAGCGCCCCCCACCUGUUCCUCACCCUGAUUAUGAGCCUUUACAAAAAAGAGGACAAGUGGUAUAUGAUGGGCUAAACAAACAUUUCAAAUAAGUGUACAGUACUAUACACAAUCUUGCAAAAGUCUUUUUACAUAGCGUUAAGUAAA